AUGAAAGAAGCUGGAAGAACAAGUCUGCUAUCAAAGAGAUGGAGAUACACAUGGACUUACAUUGCUGGUUUGAACUUUGAUUCCUUACAUAUAAUGUUUGGAAUUGAACUUAGAGAAAAGAAAAUUGAAGUAGAAAGGCCAUUGUAUUUGAGUUGGGUUAAUCAAGUCUUGAAAUCACACAACGCGCCAACUAUAGAUGAAUUCAGAGUUCAAUUUGAUCUUGAUGAAACUUGUAGAUUUGAUAUUGACAAUUGGGUUAACUUUGCAAUGGAAAAGAGAGUUAGAAGGCUUGAGUUAGACUUGUCCGAAGGUGUCGCAGGGAGUAGAGAGGAAGAGGAUAAUUACAAUUUUCCUAACCCAUAUGGUAUUACAAAUUACCUACAUUCGUUGUCUCUUGGGUUUACUAGCUGCAACUUCUUGACCAAUCUCCUGCUGACAGACGUCAAUGUAAAUGGACAAGUUCUCGAGUACUUCUUAACUAACUGUCCAUUAUUGGAACAAUUGUUUGUGAAAAGUUCCUAUAGUCUUGUAAAUCUGAAAGUUCCUGAUCUAUCACUCAAAUUGAAGCAUUUGGAGAUAAUUAACUGCUUCAAUGUGGAAAGUAUUGAGAUUUUUGCUAUAAAUCUCAUGUCAUUUAGGUACUACGGGCCAAAAAUAAGCUUGCCAUUUAAGAAUGUCCAGCAACCUAUUGAUUUGUUUAUUGGGGGUCAAUAUUGUGAUUAUCUAAUAUACAAGUUUUUGGAGAUUUCAACCUAUCUUUCUCAGCUAGAAAGCCUUACAUUGCAGAUGCCAAGCUUUAUGGAGCUUGGUCUUGAAGAUGCUAAAUUUCCUGUAUUAAAUAAACUCAAGCGAUUGGAGUUGAAAAUUCGCUCAAUUGAUGGUAUACGCCUUCUUGCUUUUGCUCCCCUGAUAGAGGCAUGUCCUUUCUUGUCUAUAUUUGUGUUCCAGGUAAUUACUUCUACUUCACAACCUGCAUUUCUAAUCUAUGAGGUUUAUUGCUUUCGUGAUUGAAUUUUCAAAUGGAAAUUUUGAUUCAUUUGGACUUCAACUUAAAAGCUUUCAAUUUCUCAAUUAAUUGCUUCUUUAUAGCUAUUACAAAAUUAAAACCAGUAAUAGGAAAAAUGCUCUUACAAGUGUUUAGCUUAGCUUGCUCUAUUCUCUUGUUCAAGU